UCUGUUUUUCAGCGGGCGAAAGGUGACUGCUGACUUCAUCCUGACGAUUUAUCUCUGACAUCAGCUUCAGCAUAUAACAUCCGUUCAAAAAGUAUGCCAUGCAGAAUUCCAUGAUUUGAUUAGAUGCUCUUCCUGUUUGAAAUGUUACAUAGCCUUAUUGUUGGACUUUCAGAACGAAUACGCAGAAAAUCGGAUGAUAUACCUACUCCGCAAAUAGUGAGACAAAUUUCACUUUCACACAGUAUCCGGUGAAGACACUAUGACCUGAUAGAUAUACACACUUUGUCCACUCAAGGACAGAGUGACUGCGUAUGUGGAUCUAAUAAAAUUGUGACCAAAUGGUUGACAUCAUGGCUACGUCUCAGGGGCAGAGCCAGGUGUCCGAGGCUCUCAUACAGUAUGUUCAGAGGGACCUGAAGGACAAACAGAGUCUGGUGGUUCCUGAAGGCAAAUACAAGGGCUGGGUUCCCCGGAGUCUCUACAGCCUGGAAUUGGACAAGGUUUGUCUCCCCUUCCUUAGACUCCAGUCGUUUCCUGUAGGUGGCACUUCCCUAGGCACUUUGACUAAAAUGAAAGAGUUUGAAGCGGUGGGAAACUAUCUAUUCAAGCUUCCAUCAGCAUUCGGGAACUGUAAGGAUUUGAAAACAUUAAAUCUAAGUUUCAAUUACUUCAGCCGUCUGUCGCCAUCUGUUUUCAACUUGGAAAAUCUGACUGAUUUGAAUGUUAGUAACAAUGAAUUAACAGAGUUAUCUCCUGAUGUUGGCAAACUGAAAAACUUGAAAACUUUGAACCUGAGUGGGAACAUGCUGUCGGCAGUUCCUAUCGAGCUCUCCAGAUGUAAAAACUUGGAGAACGUAAAUCUCUCCAGGAAGUGGUACCCACGGGACGGUGGAAUGACAGAGCUACCUGCUGCAGCCUGCGACCUACCAGAAUUACGACAACUUGACGUUAGUUGGCAUCAAAUUCAUACCAUCCCUGACAAUGUGGGCUCUCUCACCAAGUUGCAGUAUCUCAACAUGAAAGGCAACUUCUUGAAAAAUGUAUCUGAAAAUAUCAUACAAUGUGUUCGUCUACAAGUGUUAGAUUUAUCCGGAGCUAUGAAACUCAACUCAGUGAUUCCUGAGCAAAUCCUGAUGCUCUCGGAACUAAAAGUACUUAAUUUAAGUGGCAACUAUUUCACUGAGCUACCCAAAGAGGUGGCUGGCCUGAAAAAACUAGAAAAAUUUGUGAUGCGAAGAAAUGCAUUACUACGACUGCCUGAUGCUAUUUUUGACCUAGUAUUCUUAGAAACUCUUGAACUCAGUGACAACUACUUAUAUGAAAUGCCACCAGCAGUUGCGAAUUUGAAAAACAUUCGUUAUAUAGACCUUCAAGGGAACAAGCUGACAAGUUUACCGAACGAAAUCGGCAGGUGUUUCAGUCUAGUAAGCUUGUGUGUAGCAAGCAAUGAGCUAACGAGUGUGCCAGAUCACAUAUGUAGACUUUCUAAACUAGAGGAACUCGGUUUAGAACACAACCAAUUGAAGGAACUUCCAAUGUUGCUGGAUAAAUUAACUCUUCUUGAAAAAACUAGGCGCCUCAGUGUGUACGACAAUUAUCUUACAAAACCACCUCAAGAGAUAUGCAAUCAAGGGGUUAUCUCCCUUUUCCGCUUCUUGAAAGAAAUGAGAAUUUGUGAGGCAAAACAUCGUCGUAAGAUGAUUCUAAUUGGAGCAGCAAAGGCUGGAAAGACAAGCUUGAGGAAUGCCUUGAUGCUAGGUCACUCCAAACUGACUGCUGAGCACGAGAGGACAUGGGUCUUAGAGCGUCAUCUAUGGGAACCUGAGCCAAGCCUUCGUGUGCAGAUCCUGGACUUUGGGGGUCAUCACAUCUAUUCUGCUGCACAUCACAUGUUCUUGACCCCUGAGGCCCUGCAUCUGGUAGUGUUUGACCUCUCCAAUUAUGAAGAGGAAAAAUAUGACACUAUGGUAGGGGAUUGGAUUGAUGCCAUCGCCGAUCGUGCCCCAGGGGCACAUAUCAUGGUGGUGGGUACACAUGAAGAUCUCUGCUCCAGUGAUGACGUCAAGUCACGCAUCAAUCAUAUCUUACAGAAGAUGAAUGCUGAUGAGAAGGCAAAGAUUGAUGAUCUCAAGUUUUCUCUGGAGAAAGCCAAGACAGAGCUUAUGAAUCUGACGGGCAAAGAAAGCAAUACUAAAUUUGAGGAUAUUGAGGCCCAGAGGAAGCGAGACAAAGUUAGUGGUCUGCAGCGCGUGUUAAAUAUGCGUGUGACAUUAGCCAGUAGGGUUGAGGUUGUCAGUUGUGCUGACACACUAGAUGGUGUGGACAAUUUGCGUGCCUUGCUGCAACAGAAACUAAAGGAGACAGAUGAAAAACCCCUCCCUAAGUCCUGGUAUAAAUACUUGCUGGGAAUUCAGAAGAAAACACAGAAAAUCCUGCACUGGCCGCAGGCAUUGAAAAUCUUUGAAGAAAUUAUGGACACCAUGAACCAGUCAAUGAUCUCUCUAGAGGGGUCCGCAGAGUCCAGUUUGGAAAUGGUACUGCGAUACCUCCACUCCACAGGCGAGAUCGUCUGGUACCAUGACAACCCCCGUUUACGCAGUAUCAUCUUCCAUCGCCCUGAAACACUUGUCGAAAUGUUGAGGGCCAUCUUUAGGCAUGACUUUGAGAAGGUUGUCCAAUUCAAUGACACUUAUGGCAGACUAGCCAAUAUAAGUCUGCACAAGUUUGAGGAGAUGAAAGCCGACUUCUUGGAGCAAGGUUUGAUGACAGUGGAGCUGUUGCACUACUGUUUGUUACACUUCCAGCUAACCACAGAUGCACGUGACAUGUUCAUUGACCUCAUGCUCAAGUUCGACCUGUGUUAUGAGGUGCCAAAGCUAGCUGGGGCACCUAUGACAUUUGCAUCCAGCAGGAUCCUCCGAUUCCCCUGGUUCCUGAAAAGUGAAACACCACAAAAUCUUGCGAUACAGUGGCCAUUAGCGAUUCCACCAGAUAUUAUUCAAUUAUGUUUCCGUCUUCAGUUUAAGAAGAAACUGCCACCAAACUUAUUCGAGAAAUUCUCUGCUCGUCUUCAAACUCACAUCACAGAUCGAUACGACUGGAAGAAUGGAGUGUUGGCCACUAGAAAUCGCACAAAGUUACUUGUUACGAGGGAGACAGUGGAUGCACCGACUGGUGUUCGUGUGGACGUGUCUGUGUCUGUGCGUGGGAGUGAUCUGCAGGAGCUUUGGUUAGUGAUGCUGCGGACCUACGGUGACGUGAUCGUUCUGCUACAAGAAUGGCCCUUCACUCGGUACGAACAAUGGCUGCUGUGUUCGCAUUGUUUGAUAAUGGGAGAUGACAACCCCUUCCUCUACCCUGGAGAGGUGCUUCAGACUUUGUGUCCUCGAGGCCAUUACCAGUUAACAUCCUGUAAGAAGGCCAAAGACAUACCUAUUCCUGCCUGCUUCCUCUUUCCCCUUGAUCCAGAUUACCAGGAAGACAUAGCAGAACACAUCAAGGUGGUGAAGGAGUUCCUACUCUCUACCUACGAUAGUGUUGAUGGAGGAGGCAAUUAUAUACAAAGGCUGCUGUCCAACCUGGGUCUAAGCUACAUCGCAGCGAGAUCUGGUGCUGAGUGGUCACUCAUGGCCCUAGCCUUGGGACUGACCCAGCCAGAGAUAGAACAGAUCCAGCUGGACAAUCCCUACCAGACAGUCAAGCAGACUACUACAGCCCUGGUUCGUUGGCGGGAUCGACAACACAACAUGUCGGAGGAGGCCGUUCUCAAUAAGUUACUGACUGCUCUACAGACCGCCGGCAGACAGGACCUGGUGGAAGAUCUGGAGGAGAAGUUCCAUAUACAAGUGAAUAAUUAGAAGGACUCUACUACCUCAUACUCCAUCAAAUCUUCAGAGAUUUCUUCGGUGGUGUAAUCAGGACAACUUUCCCCAAGAGAUGCUGGUUGCCAGGACAACUUAACUUCAUGAAAUCUGAUGGCUCGGGAUUCAAGAAAAAAUACUAUAUCCUAGUACAGAUUGGUGGGAAUCACCUUGCUAUAUUAUUGACGAACACACUGUUAGGUCAGUUUGAUGGCAAAUAAGGAAAUAUGUGCAGGUAUUAGGUCUAUAUAAAAGUUACUGGUCAAAGUGACUCUAUCAAAUGUUCGGGGAAACUUAAAGUGUUAAAGGUAUGCAUUUAACUCAUUCACCCCUGAAGACACAUUUGAACUCUUCCUAUUCAAAGGUUGGAAUAGUUCUUUAUUAAAUUUCAGGGGUGAAGAAUGAGUUAAUUGUUGUCAUAUGGUCAGGAGAUAGGUUUAUGUGUUCAUACUGAUGUGUGAAAUCUUAAAUUAUUUCUAAAAUUAUAGUUCUAUAUAUUCCUGUCCAGACCUGGAAAGUCUGUAAAACCAAACCCUAGACAGUAACAUUUCAAAAGAAUCACCCUUUAUUUAGUGGCAAUUCUUGCGGCAUUGAUCCAGGAUAUUAGCUAUUAAUUGAAAUUUAUUGUGAAAAUCUGAAAAGAAUCAUUGAUGGUGUUUUGCUGUAAAGAUUUGUGAACCUGGAGUGGACCCUUAGUUUUGAAAGAAACAACUGAAAGUCAUUUCAUUGGAAACAUGAAAAUGAUUAAAAUCAAUUUAUUGCAGGUUAAAAGAACAGUUUAUAGGUAUUUGCUAGUUUUCUGGACCCGGUCGGUCAAAGGUUGGUUAGAGGUUACCAAUGGUUAGAGACAGUUUUGAAUUAUGCCUUAACCCUUUCACCACUGUAGACCAUAAUGGACUCACCCAGAUAAUUAUAUGGUAGAGUCUACUAAAGUUACCUAGGUGUGAAAGGGUUAUAAAAAAAAUCAAGAACAUCUUAUUUUUAGUUAUAUGAUUCCACUUAUAUAGUUUUGUUAAGACAGAUCAGAUUGAUGAGUUUUGAGGAACUAUGUUUCUCUGAUAGGCCUUA